AUGAGAACUCGUGAAGAGGAGGCUUCUGGUAGAGAAGCGGAACCCUUGUGUAGCCCCCCGGCUGAUAUCAAUGACCCGAAGGAUUACCCUGGAUUAAAGAAAUUAGAGAGCGAUAGGGCCGAGGGGAAAAGUUCGAGUGAAGGCGCAUCAGAUAAGCCAGCAUCAAUUUUAAGUACAGUAAUUGCACUUCUAAGCACGAUUGUUCCUUCUGGUGGCAUGAUUUCAACUAUCUUUAGCGUUGCAGCAACGUCGGUUGGGUCUGGUAUCAUGGGGUUACCUGCAGCUUUUAACAGCACUGGAAUUAUCAUCGCUAUUGUUUACCUCAUUGUUAUCACAGCAGAAACUGUUUACUCAAUGCGGUUAUUAGCUCAGACAGCUGAAAAAAACAAAUUACGCUCCUACGAAGAAUUGUCAGUUCUCCUUCACCCGAAAGCUUAUAUUGUUGUUAGUAUUCUACGUGUGCUCAACACAUUGAGUGGAUCCAUCGCUUUUGUCGUUACCCUAGGAGACUUAUUAAAGCCUAUACUUGAAUCUAUUGACGGGACACCACCAUUUCUUCUUAAAACCACUGGACGUAAAUUGUUGCAGGUUGGAUUUUGGUUGGUUUUUAUGUUCCCCUUUGCAUUUUCUCGGAAGUUCAACACCCUCCGAUAUGCAUCAAUUUUCGGGAUAAGCUUUAUGUUUUACUUGAUUAUUGUCGUUAUAGUACAUUAUUUCAUGAACGGUUUCAAGGCCGAUCCACCUGUACAUACUAAUUUAACAAAUACAGGAAACGCCGCACUUGAUGGGAUGGGUGUUUUUAUUUUUGUCUAUAUGUGCCAAAUUAACUGCCUAGAAAUCUACUUCGAAAUGACUAAGCGAAGUAUAAGACGGUUCACUCUAUGCAUAUCCAUCAGUCUUAUCUUCUGUGGUCUUUUGUAUUUUGCGACUGGCCUUUUUGGGUAUUUGGAUUUUGGUGAUGCAGUAACAGGGUCAAUUCUUCAUCAUUAUAACCCUAUUAAAGAACCUCAGAUUUUUGUGUGUUACGUUGGUAUCUUUUUCAAGAUAUGUGUUUCUUUUGGGAUUCUUAAUAAUACAUGCCGAUGUGCACUAUUUCCUUUGUUUGGCUGGGACCCGCAAACUGUUUCCACAAAAAAGCAUGUUAUUGGUUCUGCAGGAUUGGCUUUCCUUGCCCUUAUACUUGGUAUCGCCGUCCCUAACAUUACCAUGGUAUGUGGACUUAGUGGAGGCAUAUGUGGAGGUACUAUUGGGUUCAUGCUUCCAGCAUUGUUUAUAAUGUAUUCUGGAAAUUGGAAUCUCAAGUCAGUUGGAAUAAUCAACUAUGUGUCCACUUAUCUUGUACUCUUAGGUGGUGUUGUUGCACUUGUGUUUUCAACAGCAUCUAGUAUUUAUUCUGUUGCGAAGUGA